AUGACCAGCGUCGACGAGCUCUUCAAGAAACCUUCGGGUGCAGGAAGCUCCAAGCGCAAAUUCGAGCCCGUUCAAGAUCCGAGUACACCUCCCUUUGCUCGACCAAUAUGUUCGCAACCUCCAGCUAACAAGCCAUAUCUAGAUGAGCUCUACAAGGCAGCAAAACUCGACUCAAACGGCGAUGUAAGGUCCAAGGGAAAGGCACCUAUGGUGGAAGAUCAAAUGGAAGACGACGAUGGCGAAGCUGGUCCUGAAUUGCCCCCAGAUAUGGACGAGGAAGACAUCCCCGACGAUGAGGAAGGCCGCUUCUUUGGUGGAGGAAUGGAGCAGAAGACAGCUCAAGCGAUGCAUUAUAUUGAUCAACAGGAAACAGAUGAGGUAGCACCUGAGAAAUUCGACACAGCCUGGGUUCGGCGUUUCGCUCUGAACUUCGAAAGAAAUAUAUCAAAAAACUCCGAGCUUCGAGCUAAGUUUGACAACGACCCAAAAAAAUUCAUGACAUCUGAGGCCGACCUGGAUACUGAGAUCAAAGGACUUUCGAUCCUAUCGGAACAUCCAGAACUUUAUGAGGAAUUUGCCAAGCUGGGCUGUGUGGGCUCACUGAUCUCGCUACUUUCCCAUGAGAAUGCGGACAUUUCAAUCGAUGUUAUCCAACUCAUUAGCGAGCUUACAGAUGAGGAUGUCGAAGCAGAGCAGGAGCAAUGGGAUGUACUGGUCAAUGCUAUGAUGGAUGCGGACCUUAUUGAGUUGUUGAUGUCAAAUCUGACUCGUCUUGACGAGAAGCAGGAGACUGACAGAACUGGAGUUUAUUACGUUCUCAGUGUCCUGGAAAACUUGUCAUCGCAAACUGCUCUCGUUGAAAAGAUCGGACAAGACGCCUCCGUCAUGCCGUGGAUAUUGGCUCGCAUCCAACAAAAAGAGUCCCCCGUCACUCAAAAUAAGCAGUACUCGGCGGAAAUCCUGGCAAUCAUGCUACAGUCUUCCUCGAAAAAUCGGGACCGAUUCAUCAAGCUUGAUGGUGUUGAUGUGAUCCUACAGCUUCUAAGUCAAUACCGAAAACGCGACCCUGUGAAGGAUUCCGACGAGGAAGAAUUCGUGGAGAAUCUCUUCGAUUGUCUCAUUUGCCUCGUUGACGAACCGUCAGGCAAAGAGAAGUUUGUUGAAGCAGAAGGAAUCGAGUUGGCACAGAUUAUGCUCAAGGAAAGCAAGUUCAGUAAGCCACGAGCUCUAAGAGUCCUUGAUCAUCUCUUUGGUGGCCCCUCGGGGGCCCCAGCCUGUGAACACUUGAUUGAAGCAGCGGGUUUGAGGACAGUCUUCGGAAUGUUCAUGAAAAAGCAAGAGGGACAAAAUAUCGAACAUUUGCUGGGCAUUUUUGCUUCACUACUCCGACUUCUACCUGGCGGGUCGGCUGCUCGUAUCCGAACUCUAGCCAAAUUCAUGGAAAAGGAUUAUGAAAAGAUCGAGAAGCUUGUCAAGUUAAGGCGCGAGUAUGCUUCUCGCGUGGCUCCAGUCGAGCAAGCCAUUGAGAAGGAACGCAAGUCAUACUCACCUGAGGAGCAAGAAUUCAUGGCCAGCGAAUGGCUGUCUCGUCGGUUUGAUGUUGGCCUUUUCUCACUACAGACCAUUGACGUUAUUCUGGCAUGGCUGGUUGCCGAGGAUGAUGGAGCGCAGAAGAAGGUUGUCUCCCUUCUGGCAGACCGCGAUGAAGAUUUGUCUCUGGUCCGGGGUACCCUUAAAGAACAAUUGGACGGACUUACCGAUGAAGAUGCUGGACAAAAGGAGGUGAAGGAUAUGCUGAAUACUCUACUUCAGUUUGUAUAG